AUGGAAAGCGCAGAUUUUGAUGCAUUUCUUAGGUGGGGCGAAGAUUGCGAUGAGUUCCCCGAUCUCCAGUAUGCCCUAGGCAGCGAGGAAACAUUUUCAUGGGACCAAAUUUUGGAUGAGUACCUGGACCCAUACGAGUAUCUGGACCCAUUUCCACUUGGCGCACUUGCUCCAAUCGAAGAGAAAGUGGAAGCGAUUGAUGCACUCCCCGAGCUAUCACCCAGUCCGGCACCGCAAUACGACGUUCAGAUGUUAAGCGAAUCAAUCACUGAGCUUAAAGACCGUGUCAAUGGGUUGGAAGACCGAAGGAUCGCCGACUUGGAGGCUUAUCUCGAGAACCUUCAGCCAUUUCUCUUACAACUUGGCACAUCUAUCGAGGGACUCCUGACUGGGGCCCCAAAGUAA